UUAUUUAACCCCUUCACGCCUAAGGGUAAAACAAAUCUAAAUGCCUAAGAACAAUUCUGCAACAUUGACACGUGUUAGUAAAACCAUACAUAUCAUCACAACUACUUUGUACAUCCAGGUGAAUUAUACCUGGGUUUUUUUCAGGACAAAUUGCACUUUCAUUUGGUGGUAAAUGGUAAUGGAUAUCUCCUGAUUUUUUUUUCUAUUAUCAAAGGAAAACUGGCCCAAAAUAGGAUGACACCAAAUUUUUUUUUUUUUUUUUUAAA